AUGAAGUUACAGAUUCUUCUAUAUCUAGCUUUAUGGAGCAUAGUAUCUGUAUUUGGUGCAAAAUUUGAAGCUUUUUAUCCAAGAGAAGCAUAUGGUGUGAGCAAUGGAGCAUCCAGAUCACCUCAUGGUCACGGAUCAUUCUACAAGUACCGAAACCCAGCUCUUGUAGAUGCUAAAAAUUCUCCCGCCUAUGGAUACAGAUUUGACGGGAAAAGGCGUUUCAAUUUUGAUAAAUAA